CGUCUUUGACUACAUUUACCUACAGCACUGUGUCAUUGACAAACAUGGCUGCCUCCACGGGUGCUGCAAACUCUGCUGCCUCCGACUUACAAGGUCCAGCUUCGGCUGGUUCGAGUAUGGAGAGCCCACCGAUUCAAUACAGUAUGAUUCUGGACCAUCUUAUCGGGGACAAGCGGCCCGUAAAGGAGCUGAGCCCCGGCGUUAUGGGGGGGCUGCCGGUGCCUUUUAAAAGCGACGAGCAGAAGAUGAUCGAGAGGGGAAUGGAGAGCUGCGCCUUCAAGUCGGUGCUGGCCUGUGUUGGAGGGUUUGUCCUCGGAGGAGCUUUUGGUGUUUUCACUGCUGGCAUUGAUACCAAUGUUGGCUUCGACCCCAAAGACCCUCUGAAAACUCCAACAGCACGAGAAGUCCUCAAAGACAUGGGCCAGAGGGGGAUGUCGUACGCCAAGAACUUCGCCAUUGUGGGCGCUAUGUUCUCCUGCACAGAGUGCAUCAUAGAAUCACACAGAGGUAAAUCUGACUGGAAGAACGCAGUGUACAGCGGUUGUGUUACUGGAGGAGCCAUUGGACUUCGUGCUGGUCUGAAGGCUGGGGUGCUGGGAUGUGGAGGCUUUGCUGCAUUCUCAGCUGCCAUUGAAUAUUAUUUACGGUGAACCACUAAAGACUGGCUCUAUGGACUUAAUCGAUGCACAUGUGGGCGAGCCCUGUGAGAAAUCCAGCCUGCACAUGGAGGACUGCUGCAAAAGCAGAACAGAUGUAUUUGGUGGAAGUGACAGGUUCCCGUUUGUGUACAGUGGGCUGAAAAAGACCUGUAUGUAUUUUCCAGCGACUCAUUACUUUUGCCAUCUGGACAUUUUGAGCAAAGCAAAACAACUUCACGUGGACAAUCUCCAAAAACUGUGCAGAGUGGAUCUGCUUCUGUGUUGAAUAUAUAAUGACGAGAAGGAAAUGUUGAACACAAUGCACCUUCACUCUGAGUCAUGACCACAUUCCAAAUCAGACUCAGGUGAACGCUGUUCUUGGCUCUACUCAACUAAUCCACAUCAUAAUUAUUUAUAUUAAACAUGUUUUUUUUGUUAACUUGUUCAGAUGAUUUCUUUCUUGAAGUUUACAAGUGUCCAUGACCAUUAAAUCUCACCUUUUUAAUUAUA